UUCUUAUAUUAAUCUGAAAUCGAAGUGUUUUUCGCGUAUCGCAAUGUGUAUAAUAUAACCCCAAAAUGUAAAGUAUGUUGUUAUUUUUAAGAGUAUUGUAUUUUGUAUCACUUUUGAUUAGUUUUGCACAAAAUAUCGUUGCAAAUGAAUUUUGUAAUUUAGAUGAGUAUGAAGAAACUACCAAGAAAUGCAACGUUCCCAAGAAAUGUUAUUCGCAAAAUCGUUAUAUACUCUAUGAUGUUAAUCCUGCAGAAGGAUUUAAUUUAAGAAGAGAUGUUUAUAUUCGCACUGCAGUUUUUGUAAAAAAUAUAAUCAAACAAGAAAAAAGUGUUAAAUGGCAUUUAGUUUUGCCACCAUGGGGUAAUUUAUAUCAUUGGCGUAGUAAACACAUAGGAUUUCAAACUCAAUUAUCUUGGAGUUUGUUCUUUGAUAUUCCAAGUUUGCAAAAAUAUAUACCAGUUAUUGAAAUGUAUCAGUUUCUACAAGAAUAUCCUUCAGAAAAUAAUGAAACACAUCUUGAUGUUGUAUAUGUCUUACAAAAUGAUGAGGAAAUGUUCAGAACGGGUAAAUUUGAAGACAAAAAUGAGAUAAUAAAAUGUAAUGAUAAAACAUUACAAUUUCAUAAACUAGAAUCUGAAAAAUACAGUGGAUAUUUUUGGGGAUAUCAUAAUAUAACUUCCAAAUCUAUUAAGUGCGUUAAAUUUCAUGGUACAAUGUCUGGUCUUAAACAAAAUCUUAAAUCUAAUGCUUAUGGAUCUAUAAUGUUUGAUCACAUGGAAAUUCCAUUACAUGACUUCUACGGCACAAUAGAAUAUUGGAAAGCUAGACGUAGUAUGCGAUAUAACUCUGAAUUAUAUAAUAUUGCUAGUGAAUAUAGAAAAAGUUUCCUUAAUUCAACAAAUGAACAUGAUAAGACUGAACGACCAGAUGAUUGGACUAAAGAAAAAGGCAGAAGAAAUGCAAUUGGAGGACCUUAUUUAUCAGUCCAUUUAAGAAGACAUGAUUUUUUAAUUGGUCGCUCUUCAACAGUGCCAACAAUAGUGUCUGCUGCUUUUCAAUUAAAAAAUAAGUUAGACAAACUUGGAUUAAAAUUUCUGUUUGUUGCUACAGAUGCAACACAAGAAGAAUUUAGUGAACUUGAACGAUAUUUGUCUGAUUAUACGGUACUUAAGUUUAUUCCAUCAGACUAUGUAUUAAAUAAAUUUAAAGAUGGUGGGGUUGCAAUUAUUGACCAAAUAAUUAGUUCUUAUGCCAGGUAUUUUAUAGGAACACAAGAAUCAACAUUUACAUUUAGAAUACAAGAAGACAGAGAAAUCAUUGGUUUUCCCACUAAAACAACAUUUAAUUAUUUAUGUAAAAAUACUGAGAAAUGUAACACUAAUGGACAAUGGAAAAUUGUUUGGUAACAUAAAAAUAUGUAUGUAUAAAUUAUAUGUACGUAUAUAUUAGACAAUAAAGUCAAU